GUGCAUUCCUGUCUGGGCCUUAUUCAGUUUUUCAGAACAGUGCCAUUGGGUAGAGCAGCAAGUGCUGUGGUGCUUCCAGUAGUUUCCCUUGGUUUAUUUUUGGUUUUGUAGAAAUAAUUAAAAAAAAAAAAGACUCCUGAGGGUGGAACCCCUACGGGACUGGAGUCUUCAGGCUGUCUUCACAUGACAAAUCUUGCUAAACUGCCCUUUAAACUGAUUUAUUGCUUUACUGCUUCCUAUAAAAGUGGCUCCUGCAUGUGAGCAACGCUGACAGGUGAAGGGCAGAAUUGAGGGCAGUGAGUUGCUCCUUGCACAGCUCCGUCUUGCAGAACCUCACAGUAAGGGGAAGAGAGCCCCAGAAAUGGGCCGCUACUCGGGCAGGAGCAUCAGGCUCAUCCUCAUGUCUGUGGUGAGCCUUGUGGUUUUUGCUGUUGAGAUCUCAGUAGGCUACGUUGGCAAUUCUCUUUCCUUAGCUUCAGAUGCCUUUGCUGUUCUCUCUCACUUGAUCUCCAUGAUCAUCGGUUUGUUUGGUGUCAGGUUCAGUCGUAUCAGAUGGCACAAGGCUAACACUUUUGGCUUCAGCCGGGCAGAUGUGCUGGGAGCUUUUGGCAACUCUGUUUUUGCCACCGCUCUGAUGUUUAGCAUCUUCAUUGAGGCAAUCAAGAGGUUUAUCAAUCCUCAGAAGACUGAGAAAGCACUGCUCGUCCUCGUUGUGGGGAUUGCAGGUCUGUUCUUCAAUGUGUUCAACUACAUUAUCUUCAUGGACUGCUGUUACUGUCGUGCACCCCAAGGAGACACCGAAACAGCAGCUUUAGCCAGAGCCGUGCCCGGCGGCGCCCCGACGGGGGAGGCGGAUGAAGCAGGUGAUUCACCAAAUGACCAAAAAAGCCCUGAAGAGGGGCCUGAGAAGAAAAAAGUAAAGAAGUCUGAAGCCUUGAACAUCAGAGGUGUUCUUUUGCAUGUUAUGGGAGAUGCACUGGGAUCUGUGGUCGUGGUAGUUGCUGCUACAAUCUUCCAUGUACUUCCUCUGGGGAAUGCUCCAUGUAAUUGGCAGUGCUACAUCGAUCCAAGCCUGACAAUAAUUAUGGUGUUCAUCAUCUUGUCUUCUGCAUUCCCACUUAUCAAGGAGACUUCAAUUAUUUUGUUGCAGAUGGUUCCCAAAGGUGUUAAUAUGCAACUACUGACUGACAGACUAGCUCGUGUACCAGGGGUUAGCAGCCUUCAUGAGGUGCAUGUUUGGGAGCUUGCAGGUGGGAAGAAUAUCGCUACUCUUCAUAUCAAGUGCCAAACCCCUACUGAUUACCAAGAUGCUGCUUAUAAAAUACGGAAGGUUUUCCACGAAGCAGGGAUCCAUUCUGUGACCAUCCAGCCCGAGUACAUUGACCACAAGACCUCCCUGCUACUGUGCAGCUCACCCUGCAUCUCAAAAGCUUGUGACUCUCAGCUGUGCUGCAGUCAGCGGGAGCCCACCCUUGCUAAAACUAAUGGCUAUACUGAGAAAAAUGAUAGUUACCUUUCUGCACUGCAUAAAGACAAUGGUUCAAGUAAAAAUGAUGUUGAAAUCCCUAUCGAGUAUCCACUGGCAGAGAAUAGUGUUAAAAAUGUAAAAAAUUGUGACAGAUCUGAUGGCAAAUCACAGUUGAGCAGUACCCGACUUUAGGCAAUUCCCUCUACUCUGCAUUAUGUUUUCAUAGAACAAACAUAUCCUGGUUGGGAAAGGGGUCAUUGGUGGUUGUAGCUGAAGUUGAUGUGGUAAAAAGAACCUGUGCUUUAGCUGUAAACCAAAAUACACCUAAAACCCCCUUGUAUCUGAAAUAAGGAUUAAUAUUUCUACAAAGGGUAUUGCAUUCAUCUAAGAUUUUUCUGAUACAGCCUAACUCAAUUCCGUACCAAACUACGUGCGACUUUCUGUUGUUAGAGUGGAUGGGGUGUAUUGCUGUCUGCACUGAUGCUUGCAGUUAACGGCCAGUGGCACUGGGAAUGAAACUCUGGCCUUUUCUGCUGUAGCAAGCUGUUUCCUGAAAGCCCUGUGGCCAGUUAAUGAUUGUACUGGGCUGAAGUACUGUAUAUUUAUAAAGGGCUUCAGUAGAGAUGCUUUACUGAUCAUUAAAACCCAUUUUUGCAUAGACAGUUCAUGUUUAACAGUAACGUUUGUGCUUCUGGCCAGUGGGAUUUGUGCAUGAAAUUAAGAGUCUCUAAGGGGGAGGGGAAGCACUCAGGAAUUUUUACUUGCAUUGUUUUCUUGAUUGACUCCUGUAUUUAGGGACAGAGCAGAAGCUGGUCUUGCUUCUUUACUAGUAAUACUGGAGUCCUAGCCUAAUCACAGAUAAGUAUGCUGAAGGAUAGACUACUUGCCAUGAAGGCAAGGACAUAAUAAUGUUGUCUGUACUGAUCCUAGCAAAUGGAAAUACAAGCUGUCAUCCAGUUAACUUUUCUCUUAUUCACUGCUGUGAUUGUACAACUCAGUCUUUUUUAUUUUUAUUUUCCCUCCUGACAACAGAAGUUAUAUUAGCCAUGGUCUUAAUUCAUCAUUGUGCAGGAUGAUUGCAGUAUCUCUAACAUUGUCUGUCAUUAUUCAUGCUGAAUAAAUAAGCUAAUGUGUUUAUUAUGAAUAGUUAAAAUUCUGCAGAUCUAUUAUUAAGACAUAAUUUAAUAUUGUAUUAAUUAAGAAAGUCCCUUUGAAGUUUUAUAUGCAGUAUUAUCGCUUAGAGGGAGCUCUAAAAAAACCUACAGGGUUUUUUUCCUGGUUUAGUUUCAAAUAUUUCUUGUUGGUUUGUUUUAAAGGUCUAAGCCCUUCCCUUUGCCCUGCCCCUCCUCUCCCUGCCCAGAGGUGUAUCUCAAAGUCUGUUUGGUGAAGCAGUCCCAUUAUCUUUUUGCUGCUUGCUCUUUCUGAAGGCAUGCAAGAAUGCUCUAAUGAAAAUAAGAUGACAUGCCCUGUCACCAGUGCUGAAUUUAGGUCAGGUAUGUUCUCCAGGUUUCUGGGAGAGGAGAGCCACUACCUAAUGCACACUGAGUGUAGCUCUUAGCCUCACUGGCUGUGCAGAUCAGAUCCAGAAGCUUUCAAGUACACACUGUUGUCAGAAGCAGCCUUUCAACGGUCUGUGUGGCCUGGGCAGGCUAUAUUAUUCAUUUAUUCAUGGGGACACCUUUAUAAAAUAGUGGUGUCUUUACCUCUGACACCUUAACAGAAAGGGCAAAUUGAUUUCCUGCCUGGACUGGGAAAAUACCAAGACCUCCUUGUAAGGCUGGCUUGAAAGCAACCAACUCCUUAUUAGUAAGGAUGAUUACAUUAAAUGAAUGAAUAUUAAAACACACAGCAGGAUAUUUUGCUGCUUGGAAAAUGGUAUUUACGGAAGCAGUGAUUGCAAUCUAAAUAGCAUGUUUCUAGAUCUGUAGUUACCCCUUCUGAACAGGUUCUUGGGUGAAUUAAUAUAUUUGAUAGACUUUUAUUGUAGGUUUGUAUUAUAUAAAUUAAACUAUGUGUUAGUAUAAUUAAAAGCUUGAUCCUCCAGUCUGUUUGAUUCUGUUGUCAGCAGCAGAGGUGAAAGCAGCAGGAUCUUGUUUAGCAGUUAUUACACGAAUUAAUGUAAAUCAGGAAACAUUUUAAGAAUUACUCUUUUAAAAGUGUGUGGCAUGAAGUAAGAUGGCCCUCUGUUCUUUUUGUCUUAAACAUCAUCAUCAUCAAUGACAAUAAAAUGUCGAGGUUUAGAUGUAAAUAACAAAUAUAUUUAUAGGUUUUUUUGAGAACUGGAAUAGAAGGCUCCCAAAAUAACAACAAAGUCUAUAGGAGGACUUGCUAUGCAGAUAUCCUCUAAAACAAUCACUCUUUCAUAAUUACACAUUUGUGUCUUAAGUCAGGUAAUUUCUUUUAUAUGUACACUUUAUUAAAUGGUUGAAGGAUGAAAUGGCAGUAUUGUUGUGUCUGGAAUUAGAGAAAACUAGUAUCUGUAAUGUUGGGGCAUUUGACAAAAUGGACCAUCUUCUUUAUCCUUCCAGUGUUUGUUAAAACUGUGCUUAUCUAUUUUUUUUUUUAAGCUUUUAAAAGUGUUGUAACCUGAAAAUACAAUGAAGUAACAUUCUUAAACAUUUUUUCUUGUCUGAUUGUACUGUAAUUGUUGCCUGUGAAUAAAUAGGAAAAUACCAGGGAUUAUAGAAAUCUUCAGGUAUAGAAAACAAGCAGAUUUUAAAUUUGCUUUACUAUUUAAGCAAGCAGAACCAACAGAGCUAUGUUAUUGAUGAGAUGAACCUUGCUUUUUCUGUGUACAGACUUUCCGGGUAUUCAGCUAACAUUUCUGACCCGAUAUCCUUGCCUUCCUUUGAGUCCUACAACAAAAUCUUUUCCUCCUCUGUUUUAAGUGUGUCACAACUAGGCUGUACUAGGUGGCCCAUCUACUUCUGUAGAAGACUCCGUUCCAAUCAGCAUGUAUUUCAUAUUGGCUGAUUUUUCUUCAGUUCUUGACGUAUCUCUUUUAAUUUAAUUCUCUUGAAGUAUGCUUACCUCAUUUUGAAAUACAGAAUAUUUCAGUGUUUGCCCUUACCUGUGGGCACUUGUUCUAAAUUCAGUUUUGUAGCAUAUGGCACUGUCAUAAAAUCUCUUUUCUGGCCUCUUUAGCUUAAUUGCUUUUUUUCCCUCCAAUUCAGUAACAUAAAAUUUCUGGUGAUUACAGGUUGAUUGUGCUACUCUGUCCUCUUCAAGUACUUCCUUAUGAUUGGGUUCUCUUGCAGUAGUUGCCCCUAUUUGUCCAUCGCUGUCUGUAGCAAAGGAAAUCUGCUUAAAAUACAGGAGACUUUCAACUGGUUAUCCAGCUUAUGUGGUGUUCUGGUCCACAACCAGUCAUACAUAUGACCUACUUGUACAACCAUGAAACAUUUGCUAGCCUUGCCAUAUAGUUUUGGAGUAAAAGUGAGAUUAGGAAUAAAUUAACAGUAAAUACUGGCCUUCAUUGGUCAUGGGCCUUUUCUUAAAGUGAAUAAUCUUUUUGUCACCUUUUCAUAUGUGCAAAAUGUGCCAAUUUGAUUGUUAAUUUUUCCUUCUUCUCUAACUCUCUAAAUGCAGGUCUUGCCUUUGUUCUUCUAUGUAAAGAAAAAUAAUUAAUGCUAUUUUUAGGAGUAUUGCCUUUGUUUUACCAAGUCUUCAGUUGGCUUCCUUUUCCUUGUGCUCUUUAUGAUAAUUUUUUGGACUUGUAGUGCAACCGUGAUUUUUUCCUUUUAAUGUUUUUCCUAUUCUUUGUCUCCACAAUAAAAGUGGUAUGGUUUUGCUAGCCUCCUGGUCAUGGUAAUGUACCUAUAAUACCAUUUAGAAAUACCUCUUUUAUACACUGGUUUAAUUUUUGCACUCCAUUUUAUUCAAAUUCACCCUCUUUCUGGUUUUGCUAUGUGAUAUGCUUUACCAUUUCAAACCAAUUUUUGAACUUGUUUAGUCCUUCCUAUUCUUUCCCCCUUCCCUACCUGUUUAUAAUGCUUACUGUCCUGAAUGCUCCCUUUUAUUCUGAACUUUGAAGGGAAUAUGCCAGCAUCCACAUUUCCCCUGAUGUGAAGUUCAUCACCCAGGGUCUAUAGAUGGCUUGAUGUGAGCUGUUCCAAGGACUAAUAUAUUUCCUGUCAUCUGUGUAGAAGUGUUGUCUAAGUAGUCAUCCUGAGAUAUAAAUAUAUAUAUAUUUAUAUAUACUUAAAUUCUUUAUAAACACUCCACCUGAACCAACUUUUUCAAGAAGGUUGGUUUCUUAACCUGAAAAGGUAUAAUGAAAUCAGUAGCGUUCAUUAGUCAUUCAUUGACACCUUAGGGGAAAGCUUGGAUCACUAAUUGGAAGGCAGGUAAAAGGGAUGUUUCUGAAAGGGUAAUACAAAAGCUGCGAAGAUUUCUAUAGGUUCUACUACUUACUCUGCUGUACAGUGGAAGCACUUUCUAUGUUAAAUACAUUAUUUGAACAGUGAUACCUUGAUAUUAGGAUGUCACUGUAUAAGAUUGUUACAUUUAUGGAGUUGUGUUGCUUAAAAGUUUCCUCCGGUUUUUCUGUUCAUUAUGUGAUUUAAAUAAUGUGCCAAAAUGUAAUUUCCAUGUUUGCUGAAUCAAUGAAUUGUAAAUCUCACUGUGGUUUUAUUAACUAUUAGUGAAAAAUUACUUAAAGUUUUAUGUACAGUUAUAUUUUUUUUUUCAAAA